GCUACGGCUUUCUUUCUCAGCCCUUCGUCUCCACCUGCAUAUCGCCUAUCGACGAAACCCGUCUGCUUGAAAUUAGUCGAUGCAUAUAUGACUUUAUGCUCUAUUGUUUUUAUUUUCAUAUCGUUUUUUGGAUGCUCAUCCAAGCGCUGUUGUCCCGCGGCCCUCUCCCGGAAGCCGAUUUUAAGUCCAUCUUGAAUGUCGUCACAGAAAAAUCUCCAGCUUGGCUAUAUGCAUUUUAAUUCAAUUGUCUAGCAAGAAUUUGGCUGACCCGAAGGUGCAAAAUCAGAAAUGGCUUCUAUUUCUUCUUCGAAGAACCUCUUGCUACUGAGAAGAAUAGUAUGGAAAACAUUUAGGCAUCCGCUCCAAUCAUGUUAUUCACCACGACGGUCGUAUCUGUCCUCAUCUUUGUCCUCAUGUUUGUCUGCUGUGUAUAGUAAUGCUCGAGACCCUUCAAGCUAUGGAUCCAAAUCAUUUGUGUUUAACCCAUCUAAUAGCAUCUGUUCCCAUGCUUCUCCACUCAAUAAGGGAUCUCAAGGUCCAACAACCACCGAUUACCAUUUGUUGCUGGAGGAAGAUGAGUAUCACAGGCUGGCCAAUUCUACCAUCCAUCACCUCCUUGAGAAGUUGGAGGGAUAUGGUGAUUCAAUAGACAGUAAUGAUUUUGAUGUUGACUAUGGGAAUGAAGUUCUAACGUUAAAGCUUGGAAGUUCGGGAACCUAUGUAAUCAACAAACAAACGCCUAAUAGGCAAAUAUGGUUGUCAUCGCCAGUGAGUGGUCCGUCAAGGUUUGAUUGGGACCAGUUAUCCGAAGCUUGGAUCUAUAGACGAACCAACGAAACGUUGUUCCACGUCUUAGAGACUGAACUAGAAAAACUCAGUGGGGCGCCUAUCAGACUCAGUUGAGCUGUUGCAAAGUGCAAACCGUUUCUUGUUUAGGUAAAAGACAUGGAGAGUCCCAUUUGUCUUGAAGUUCAGUUCGAUUGGGUUGUUCAUUUGGGUUCAAAAUCACAAGGCAGACAUUGUGUGUUUACUAUUUAUAAGGUUAAAAUUUAAUGAGUUUCUUCUAGACGUAUGUUAACCUCAUAGAAAGCCCGCUUAAACCAUCUGUUUUAUUAAUUUCACAUUUUUUUACUAACAUGUUCUCUAGCUGACAAUGUAAAUUU